CACCCCACGACCCUCAUCCGGAGCUCAAAGCCGCAGCCCGGCGCCGAGAAAGAAAGCUUGGCUGAGGAUCAUCUCUUCACUGUAGCCAGUCACCGUGGUGGUGCACCGGUGAGAGUGAGACUGUGAGCGCGUGCCCAUGGAGGUGGAGGAGAAGUCGGCGGUGGGCGGGGCGUACUGGGGCGUGGGCGCGAGGGCGUGCGACGCGUGCGCAUCCGAGGCGGCCAGGCUCUUCUGCCGCGCCGAUGCCGCGUUCCUCUGCGCCGGCUGCGACGCGCGCGCGCACGGGCCCGGGUCCCGCCACGCGCGGGUCUGGCUCUGCGAGGUCUGCGAGCAUGCUCCUGCAGCCGUGACGUGCAAGGCCGACGCCGCCGCGCUGUGCACCUCCUGCGACGUCGACAUCCACGCCGCCAACCCGCUCGCGCGCCGCCACGAGCGCCUCCCCGUCGCCCCCUUCUUUGGCGCGCUCACCGACGCGCCCAAGCACUUGGCGGCGUCCGGAGCCCAGCAGGGCGGCGCGGCGGUGUCGGACGACGACGGGAGCAACGACGCCGAAGCGGCGUCCUGGCUCCUCCCUGAGCCCGACCAGAAAGAUGGCGCUAUCGUCGGUGCUGCCGGCGCCGACACGUUCUACGCGGACUCCGACCAUUAUCUCGACCUCGACUUCGCGCGUUCCAUGGACGACAUCAAGGCCAUCAGCCUACAGCUCAACGGCCAGCCCGAUCCUGAGCCCGACCUAACCGGCGGCCAGAAGAUGUUCUACCCCGACCACUCCAUGAACCACAGCGUAUCGUCGUCGGAGGCGGCGGUGGUUCCGGACGCGGCGGCGGCCGUGCCGGUGGUGUGCAGGGGCCAGGAGCGGGAGGCGCGGCUGAUGCGGUACAGGGAGAAGCGCAAGAGCCGGCGGUUCGAGAAGACCAUCCGGUAUGCGUCCCGCAAGGCGUACGCGGAGACGCGCCCCCGCGUCAAGGGCCGCUUCGCCAAGCGCACCGGCGGCGACGCGAUGGAGGAGCACGAGGAGAUGUACUCCUCGGCCGCGGCCGCCGUCGCCGCGCUCAUGGCGCCCGGAGGCCACGACCACGACCACUACGGCGUCGACGGCGUCGUGCCGACCUUGGUCUGAUCCGAGCUGA